AUGGCAACCCUCGUCAUGCAGUCCAUGGGCUGCGAUGUCGCGGCCUUGAACACCGUCCAUUUCAGCAACCAUACCGGCUACCAGCAGUUCAAGGGCACAAGAGCCACAGCCGAAGAAAUCAGAAACCUCUACGAAGGAUUAUGCAUGAACAACCUUACAGAUUUCGAUGUCAUGCUCUCCGGGUAUGCACCUAGUGCUGCUGCGGUUGAAGCCGUUGGGAGUAUCGGGAUAGACUUGCAACGGAAAUCUGCAGACCGUUCUGGUUCUUUCUUUUGGGUUCUGGACCCGGUCAUGGGCGACCAAGGCCGGCUAUACGUCAACGACGACGUAGUCCCCGCGUACAAGAAUAUAAUUCAGCACGCUGACUUGAUUCUUCCUAACCAAUUUGAGGCCGAAGUUUUAUCCGGGAUCCAAAUAACCUCCCUCGAGACCCUCGCAAAGGCCAUCACAGUUAUACACGAAACCUACAAAGUUCCGCAUGUAAUAAUCACUUCUGUGCAGCUAUCCAAGCUCCUUCCAUCCCCUGAAAAUCCCUCUCCAAAUUCGACACAAAACCUCCUAACGAUAAUUGGCUCGACUACACUCUCCACGGGUAAACCGCGCCUGUUCCGCGUUGAUGUUCCAGCUAUAGACUGUUUCUUCAGUGGGACAGGCGACAUGUUUGCUGCGUUGACGGUUGCAAGGCUCCGCGAAGCUGUCUUUGCCGAUUCAGACAAGAACCUGCGCAACACAAAGUCGUGGGUUUCGGCUGACGACGUGAAGCCAACCGACUUGCCACUUGCGAAGGCGACAGAGCGGGUGCUGGCUAGUAUGCACAAUGUGCUGGAAAGGACCAUCGAGGCGCGAGAUGCAGAGCUUGUAGCUACUGCGGCGGCGGCGGCUGCUGGAGCCGAGGGGAACGAGGAGGAGCUAAAGAAGAAGGAGCAUUUGCGACGAACGAAGGCGGCUGAAAUACGCCUGGUGAGGAAUGUGCGGUUUUUGCGUGAGCCAACGGUGGAGUUCAAGGCAAAAGAGUGGGAGGGAGAGUAUUAG